AUGCCCGACGCCGGACUGUUAGCUGCUAAUGAGGCAACUGCCGUGUGUCAACAGAACAAGCCUGUUCGGCGCAGCAGCAGCAGCAGCACCGGCAGCUGCAGCAGCAGCAGGCGGUCUGGGGGGGACGAGGCGGAGGUCAACAGCGUGGGCGCGGGGGAGGGGGAGACCAUCCAACACUUUCCGCUGGCGGCCCGGCCCAAGUCUCUCCUGCAGAAGCUGCACGUCUCCUUCCAGAGCUCCUGGCUCAAGGAGUUCCCGUGGCUACAAUAUUGCCAGCAAACCGGGUUAGUGUCUUGCGCUUGGUGCUCGGCCGCCUCGACGACCGCCUCGGCGGACGGUGGCAGCGGCAACAGCCACAGCGGGGGCGGACACGACGAGCUUUGCAAGGGUACGCGCAACUACAAACGCGCCUUGUUCCUCAGGCACCAUCUCUCCGCCGAGCACCGACUCAACGAGCCUGUCACUGCUGAGCAGGAAUCAGAAGUAACAUCGGAGUUGGCAAAUGAGAGAGAUUGUGAUUAUAACAUUAGGCCAAAUGAGAACUCUUACUGUUAUCAACUAUUACAAGAAUUAAAUGAGCAGAGAAAAAAGGGCAUUCUUUGUGAUGUCAAUAUUGUGGUGAGCGGAAGAGUUUUCAGAGCUCACAAAAACAUCCUGGUUGCAGGCAGCCGUUACUUCAAGACUCUAUAUUGCUUUACAAACAAAGAAAGCCGUAACCAAACCACUGUUACCUACUUAGACGUUGUUGCUGUUCAAGGCUUUUCUGUCAUCUUGGACUUUUUGUAUUCUGGUAACCUUGUGCUUACAAGUCAGAAUGCAAUUGAAGUGAUGUCAGUAGCCAGCUACCUUCAAAUGACAGAGGUUGUCCAAUCCUGUCGGAAUUUUAUCAAAGAUGCCUUAAAUAUAAGCAUAAAAUCAGAAGCUCCGGAAGCUGUAGUUGUGGAUUACAAUAGAAGGUCAGUUAGUAGAGAUGGAUUGUCUUCAAGGGAUCAGAAAGUUGCUAGUUUUUGGGCCACAAGGAAUCUUACUAACUUGGCAAGCAGUAUAAAAACAGAAAAUGAUGGCUACUGCAUUGAUGAGAGCCAGACUGAAAACUACCAAAUGAAUGAUUGGGUUCAGGACAGUUCACCUGAAAUGGCUGAAAAUGAAUCACAAGGUGAGGGAAAGGUCUUUGUAUGGAAUGAUAUGAGCUCACAAGGACAAUCACAUCAAGAGCCUGGAAAAGCAAGAAGGAAAAACCAAGCUGCGAAAAGAUUUGUUUACAAUAUACCCCCCAAUAAUGAAGAAACAUUAGAAGAAUGCUCAUCUACACAAGCAUCAGUCCAGUACCCAGAAGAAGACUUGCAGUUUAUCAAAGAAGAAGCAGGUACGUCAAAUGAUUUCAAGUUUGGAAUGUUUCCUGGUAUCUCAAGUGAUUUCAAGUUUGGAUUAUUGCCAAGUACUUCAAAUGAUUUCAAGUAUGGAUUGCUUCCUGAGUCCUGGCCGAAGGAAAACUGGGAAAAUGGUGACUCUUCAUUAAUCAUGAACAAAUUGAAGUGUCCACACUGUAAUUAUGUAGCCAAAUACAGAAGAACACUAAAGAGACAUUUGCUCAUUCAUACAGGAGUGAGAUCAUUUAGCUGUGACAUUUGUGGAAAGCUGUUUACUCGGAGAGAGCAUGUAAAGAGACAUUCCUUGGUUCACCAAAAGGAUAAAAAGUAUAAAUGUAUGGUAUGUAAGAAGAUUUUCAUGUUAGCGGCCAGUGUGGGAAUAAGACAUGGAUCUCGACGUUAUGGUGUUUGUGUUGACUGUGCAGAUAAAUCUCAACCAGGAGGGCAGGAAGGAGUAGACCAGGUACAGGACACAGAUUUUCCCAGAGAUGAAGAAUUUGAAGAAAAUGAAGUUGGGGAUGCUGAUGAAGAGCUGCCUGAUGAUGUGGAAGAACAGAAUGAUCAGACUCAAUGGGAUGAAUCUGGGGAAGUCUGUGUGCCUUUGGAAGACUAAGGGAGCUUGAUCUCUUUCAUGCUUUAUUUGGACAUCAUGUGGGCUGACCUUGCUGAAUUUUUGGACUGAAGGCUUGGAAAAUAUGGUACAGGCUGGAUGGAAGUUAUGUUGCUGUGAAAAUUUGUAGGGUCAAAGCCUUAUAGCAAAAAAGAAGAAAAGAGGAUUAUUAAUUUUUUAAAAGAUAUUUGCACAGGACUGUACAGCAUACAGCUAUUUGGUUGAAUUAUAGAGUCCUCACAUCUACAGUCAAUUAUCAAAAUAAAAUGUAUUUUUUAUUAUUUAUAGGAUAUAGCUAUUUGGGUCCUAAUCAAGCAUAGUAAUAACUAUGCUUCUUUUAGAUAUUCAUGUGCCCUUUAACAUGAAUGAAGCAAAUUGCAAUCUUUGGAGACGGCUCCCUUGAUUCCAAUCAUAGUUUGAGAACAAAUGUGGCUAAUUCGUGCUAGUGGCUCUUGUUUUCUGAAAUGGGGCUUUGCCACAUCUCCCUUGCCUUCCCCUUCGACAGCUUAAAUACCAUAAUCUUGAUGGCAUGGAUCUAACACGUUCUGGAGAACUUAAUCAUUGAUAUUUAAUUUACUGACUCUGGUUUUUGAUAAUCUUGAGUUGCAAAAAGCUACUACUGUUUCACCAAAUAUACAAUAAUGACUUAAAACUGCAAGGAGGAUUGUGAUUGGAAUGAAAGCAAUUUUCUCCUUGUCACUUAAAGAACUUUAUAUUAAGACACUUUCUGGCAUGGCUGCCCUUGCUCUAAUUUAUAUUUUGUUAGCACUAUUCCUAUUGGCUAUCAUUUUUAUUCACUACUGUAUACCUCAGUCCAUCACAAAGCUUAGAGUCAUAGAAUCUGAGGAGGAGUGUAAUAGAAAUAAAUGUCAUUGGUUUUUGUUGGUUAAAUUGUUGAACCCAGUUUGUCGUCUUUUGUCUAGUUUUGUUUGUGGAAAAUUAGACAUGAGGCUGUCUCCCCCCCUCUUUUUUUGACACCCCAUUGCUCUGCAUUAAAGUGAACAUAAAAUGAA